ACCACCUCACACAGAAACAUACUUGCAUAGUUGCAGGCAAGACAGGCAAAGCCACAUCAACUUGCAAAUCCACGCACCGUGCAAGCAAUUACUACAAGACACCGCAGCAUAGAGAGAGCUUGCACGCCAUCCUCCCAGCGUUAACCGGCCGGCGGAUGUCAACCAGAGCGAGCCGGCGAGGCGGUGGGGGCGGCGGCAGGCAGUUCCCGAUGGGGCGGCGCCGCCACGUGCCGGUGGUCGACGCCGGGUGCGGCUGCCGCCCGCGCCGGCCGAGGCUGCUCAGCCUGCCGUCCUUCCUCAAGCCCUGCCAGCUGGGUGGUAAGGCGGCGCCGAGGAGCGGCAGCUCGCAGUACUCCUGCACCUCCACCUCCACCGCCUCCUUCUCGUCCUCCUCCGGCGCCACCCACAGCACCGGCUACUCGACGGCUUACUCCUCCGAUUACUACUCCUCGCACGUCUACGGAGGGGGGGCCACCACCAAGCAAGAGCCGCUCCCCAAGGCGGCAUCACCUGCGCCGUCGGCGGCCAAGAAGGAGCUGAGCAAGAAGAAGCCGGGCACGAAGAAGAGGUACGAGAAGCUGGCGGCGGCAGCGGAGGAGGGCGUCGGGGUGGCGGUGGAGAAGGAGUCGUCGGACCCGCGCGCGGACUUCCGGGACAGCAUGGUGCAGAUGGUGGUGGAGAUGGGGCUGUGCGACUGGGACGGCCUCCGCUGCAUGCUCCGCCGCCUGCUCGCGCUCAACGCGCCGCGCCACCACGCCGCCAUCCUCACCGCCUUCGCCGAGGUCUGCACGCAGCUCGCCGCCGCCGCGCCGGCCGCUCCCCAGCCGUCGCCGCCUCCGGCGUACCAGUACCGGCGCUGAUAGCAUCGACCCUGCUCCUGCUCCGACCGUGCGUGCGUGGCAGUCGGGGUCCCAAGAUCCUAGCACCACCUGCUGGUGUCGCCGUGUGGUGACAGGAUCUCGAGGGAGAAAAUUAAAGCUACAAGUAUUCAUUUGGAUCAGUAGUUGAGUUCUUGUUUGGUUUUCUAGCUCGUGUCAAUUUGUAGCUAGGCUUCUAGUGUUUUUCUUAGAUGUGUCAGUGUGUGCUUGCUUUGCAUUGUGUGGCCUUUGGUUUUACAUGAAGGUCCAUGGAGAUGAUGAGAGUAUGAUUAGUCGAGUCUAUGACCAAGCUGUAGCUGUAAGCUGUAUGAUAAUAUUCUUAUUGUUGUGA